AGCACUUGCAGAGUGGGAAGCAAUCUGGGUUGACCACCUCUGGUGUUAUCAACAAUGGCAUCUUGCUUUGGAGUUACCUUGCUUUUCUUCUCAAUCUGGAUUAUGAAACCUGCGAUACAGGACACUUCUCUUUUGACAGAUAUUAGCAUUAUAAAAUGCAGGAUUGCUGGCAUAACAGUCAUUACAGAUAAGAAAAAAGGUGGUUUUGACUACUCAGAAGCAGGAAGAAUGUGCACGGAGCUGGGGCUAACCUUGGCAAGAAGUUCUCAAGUUGAAAAGGCCCAGGAGCAUGGCUUUGAAACCUGCAGUUUUGGCUGGGUAGCAGAAAAAUAUGUUGUAAUUGCUCGGAUAAUUCCUAAUAUAAAAUGUGGUCGGAACCAAACUGGUGUAAUCCCCUGGAAAGGGCGACCCUUGAACUACAAAGCUCAUGGAUACUGCUACAAUUCUUCAGACAUAUGGAUUAAUUCUUGCAUACCAGAAGAAGCAAGUACAACUGCAUUACCGGAUGUUUCUACUGAGACAAAUUCCACUUCAACAAUUUCAUUUGAGGACACUUCAGCAAUGGCUCAAACAUCUGAGCCAUUGCAAACCAAAAGACAUCAGGAGUGUCGCAUUAUAUGCAGACCAGAAAUCAUUCCACCAACGGAACUAACUACUGAGGAUAUGGCACUGGUUCCUAAAAACCAAGCUGCAUUUAGAAAUGAUGUUGUCGUAUUUGGCGGUGUACCUACUACUCUCCUUGUGCUUGCACUCAUUUUCUUUGCAGCUGCAACUGUUUUAGCUGUCUGCUACAUCAAAAGAUACAGACAAACACUUCCAUCUUCUAAGAAGAAGAAAAACGAACUAAUUGAAACAAAGGACAUCAAAGAAACAAAGGCAACUUUGGUUCCAGAGCAGGAAGCAAAGAAUGGGAAAAAGACAGAAGAGCUUCCAGCUAAACCUGAACAAGCAAAAUGUUUGGAAGCAGAAGUUUAAGAAAGGACAUCUAAACAGGCAGACUUUAGAUUAAUAAUAAAAAGAAGGAAAUUGUAAAUACUUCCAUCCAUAUUAUGCCUUUCUCUGGACAGUUUGUAUUUUGUGCACAUUAGCUACACUUUGAGCAGCAUCCCAAUACUUGCAUGAAUAGAAGAUGUUCUGUUUGUGUGUGAGGAGAAUGGGUGAUCUUCAUUGAUUCCCUUUUCCUCUGUAGCCCACAAAAAUAUGUCCUGGGCAUCUUUAGAAAAUAAACUCUCUCUACAGCAGAACAAUUUUAAUCACAAUAAGGCCUACAAAGAUUCUCAAGGUUGUUCUGUGUGGACAAUAAAUACCAGAUUCAUCUUAAAUUGGUCCCAAUUGUUCUGCCAGAAACUUAGUUCAAACAAGGAUUCAAGCAUACCCAAACAAAACAUUUGUACUUCAUGGGAUCCUUCCCUUAUUCAGACUUCCACACAGUGUGUGAACUUGGCUGGGCACAGAAACAGCUCCCAGACAUUUAUUCAACAGCUGUAGCUGCAAAAUGUGCUGCCACAAUUGCAGAAAUACUUGCAAUGUGUAUCUUUCAACUGUUUGAUUCAGACUGAGAUUUCUUCACAAAAUUUCAUGAAUGGAAGUGUUCAGAUGGAGAGGGGAAAGAAGUCAGGUUUCAUAUGUAAGAAUCAGGCAUAAGAGAAUGUGUAAGUAUGAAAAAUUAUAUCCAACGUUUCAGAGGAAAGUGUCCUAAACGUUUUCCUAUAGGACUGCCUUUGAUCAGUUUGGUCUUGCACAGUCUCUGUGUUUGUUUCCACUCUUCUUGAUAGUUUCCAGUAAUGUAACAAAAUGCAAAUCACAGACAAAGGACUUUAGAUUUGAAGAACCAUAACAAAAAUAAGGGCUGAAUUAUCAACUCUUGUUACUGCUAUUUCUUUAAAUAUGGAUUUUUAAAUAUUUAAUACAAAGAUACCUCAACUGGGGCAUCUCUACAGACUAAUAUGUUGCCAGAGUCAUGUUUAUUAUGUUAUAAAAGCCACUUUAUUUAUUAAGAUUGCAUGAAAAUACAAUAAAGGUUACAUUACUAUUUCUGUACAACCAA